CCUCUGCGUUGACGAAAAAACGAAGGGUUUUACAAUAUUUCUUUAUAAAAUUAAAACCAAUAAUUUUGUUAUAGAAAUUCGAAAAGUGUUACAGCACAUAAUAAGUGAAGUAUUUUCUGGUCUAUUGAGGUUUAAAUAUAUCGAAGUAAAUAAUAGAAAAACAUUGGAAAUGUUGAUGGCAAAUGCAUAAGCACCAAAGACUGUCUGUCAGUCACAGGCGUCCCCCGAAGUGAAGUUGGGGAAAAAAUAACAAAAUUUUCUUGCCCAAUUGUAAAAAGACAGAUCUUGUAAAAGCGUUUCCCUUUUUUCUUGAUAUUUUAAAAUAAGGCAAAAUGUACAAAUUAAUGUUAUAAUUUUACAUUAAAACUAGUUUUUGUGGUAAGAAAUAACAUUUCUUCGUAUCAUGUGUGACGUUUUGUGGAAAACAGGAUUAAAAUACUAAACUCGCAAAACUCCAUGAUAAAACUUUGAAAGUAGCAAUUUUUCCAAACUACUGCAAGUAUAAAGGUGUUGUGCUUCUGAAGUAAUACGUGUAAAUUGGUUGUAGAAGAGUAAAUGCGAAAGGUUGUAUUUACAGACAAUUAACAGAUAAUAUGAUUAUACAGGAGCCAGUGCAGGCCGCUAUUUGGCAUUGCCUAAACUUUUAUGAUUACAAAGAUGCCGUUUUUCUGUCGGAACGUCUCUGCUGUGAAGUGGAGACAGAUGAAACAAUUUUUCUGCUCGCCACUAGCUACUACAGGUCAAAUCUGAUACACCAAGCUUAUUGGUUACUUAAAGAGAAAGCACGUCGUUCGCCGUAUUGUCGGUUUUUACAAGCAAAAUGUGCUUUCCAACUAAAGAAAUAUGCAGAAUCCGAGUGUGUGCUUGUCAACGGCGGUUUUGGUGAUAUAAAAAAUCUGGAAGAUAUUGCGAAAGAAUUUGGUGAAAUCGCAUGUUUUGUGCUGCAGUUGAUUGCCCAGAUAUGUGUAAAAACUGAAAGAAGUAAAAUGGCUGCAGAAGCACUACGCCGUGCACUAAAACUCAAUCCGUUUAUGUGGCAAACAUUCGCCGACCUAUGCCACAUGGGCGAAUUUGUAGAUCCAGCUGCUACGUUCCAAAUUUCCAAUACCGAUGUGUUCAAUACAUGUCAAGGCAGCGCAAAUUCUAAUUCCAUGGUUUUAUGUGGUAAUACGGGACAAAACAUAACGCUUAACGAUAGUGGUACUCAGUAUUUAAGUAACAUUGGCAUAAAUAAUCCUUCUUCGGAUAUCCUAAUGAAUAACACAAAUAAUAGUUCAAAUUACAUACUUUGCACACCAGUUGAGCAACAAUGGCAACCGCAACCACAGCCAAAUAUCAUUACCCUCCAGAGUCUAAUCACCCCAAACAAUAAUAGCAACAAUUUAAACAAUUCAAUGUCCAUGCUUCGCGGUGUCAACACAGCAAAUAUAUCUGUUGGUAGUAGUUUACAAAAUUCUGGCAUGAUGAUGUUGGAAGAUACACCAAUUGGUUAUACCACCAGUAAUAACAGCACUGAACACACUAGCUUAAAUCCAAUACAAAAUUUCGACGUUGGAGGCGGUACUCCAUUUCGCCGGCAAUUCAAAUACCUCUCAGCAAUCUCGCCAACAACACCCAGCUUCGGUAUUUUACCCAUGCAUAGUCCAUGCGGUGGUGAUUCUUCUUUUGUCGUCACAGGUCAUGCACAAACGAAUAUAAGUGUGCUGAACACACCUUCACCACAAACAUUAAUGGAAGCAAAUCAGGAGUCUAAAGUAAUUGGAAAGAAAAUGAAAAGUCAUGUUAGUAGUCUUAUAAAUCGAAAAGAAAGUGGCACAACCACCAACAAACCUGCAGUUUUUACACAAACUGGCAAUGUCACUCCACGUACACCCAAUAAUCAAGGUGGUAUAUCGUCAGGUUCACUUAUUCCCAACGCAGCUGUAAGACGCAGUUCUCGCUUGUUUAGUAAUAGUGCCUAUUCCGUAAAAGAAAACAACAAAUCUCCGAAUAUUACUAGCAACAAGUUUGCACUGCCACGUUCUCCGCCACGGAAAACUAAGACGCGCAUGCCUAAAAUUUCUCUAAAUAACGAACUGAUCGAAGAUAAAAGUAUUAAUAUCAAUGCGGACAAGUUGAAUGAGAAGAACGCACGAAAAGACAAAGAAAAGAUUGAGACAAUAACAUCAGCUACCGGUCACAAUCGUUCCAUUGAAGACACCAAAGUGUUACUGAACAAUAGUUUGAAUAACGCACAAACAAUGGCGCAUCAUGUGCUCUCACUAAAGAAACAGUCAGCAGAUGGCUUAAUGUCAUUAUUGCGAGAUUUGGGUGAAGGUUAUAAACUGCUCACACUUUAUCAAUGUAAAGCUGCUAUCAAGCAUUUUGAAAGCAAAGUACCAAAGCAUCACUUGUGCUCCAGCUGGGUACAGUCCCUCAUUGGUUUAGCUCACUAUGAAUUACGCGCAUAUGAAUCUGCGAUUUCCGUAUUUAAAGACAUACACGAAAAUGAGCCUCAUCGUUUAGAAUUCAUGGAGAUAUACUCAUCCUCGCUUUGGCAUUUGCAAAAAGAAGUCGAUCUAUCAGCUUUAGCACAGGACUUAAUCAAUCAAGAUAAAACAUCACCGAUCACUUGGUGUGUAGCUGGUAACUGCUUUUCAUUACAUAAAGAGCACGAGACGGCAAUUAAGUUCUUCAAACGGGCUGUGCAGGUGGAUCCUGAUUUUGUUUACAGUUACACACUCCUUGGGCAUGAACUCGUUUUAACCGAAGAAUUAGAUAAGGCUGCUGACUAUUUCCAUGCUGCUGUUGCCCGCGAUCCCCGUCACUAUAAUGCGUGGUUUGGUAUGGGCACUAUAUAUUCCAAGCAAGAAAAAUACGAGUUAGCUGAAUUAUAUUACAUCAAAGCAUUAAAAAUCAAUCCGCAAAAUUCAGUGAUUCUAGUGCAUAUUGGUGCAAUGCAAUAUUUUAUGCAGAAAAAGGAGCAAGCUCUGCAAACAUUAAACACAGCAGCAAUGUUGGAUCCGAAAAAUCCAUUGGCACGUUUCCAUCGUGGCUCAAUUUACUUCUCAUUGGGCAAGCAUCAGGAGGCAUUGCGCGAACUCGAAGAAUUGAAAGAGGUGGUACCAAAGGAAUCGGUAGUUUUCUAUUUAAUUGGUAAAAUUCAUAAAACCCUGGGUAAUGUGGAUUCAGCACUAAUGCACUUCAGCUGGGCCACCGAUCUGGAUCCGAAGGGCGCAAAUAACCAGCUGAGAGAUGCUUUUGACUCAGCUGUUGUACCGAUGUUUAGUCCCGCCAGGAAUGAUCAGAGCGUAGACGCAGAUCAGGAUCCAGAACCGACAUCCGAUCGUUCAGAUGACUCAACGCAAGCACAACAAGACAUAAAUUAUGACAGUGAUGCGUAUUGAAUUGCUCGAUUGAGUGUUUGCUUUACUUCCCCACUCUGCACUUACGAGUGUGAAGCGUAUUCAAAACAAAGGUGAAACCAAUUGAUUUGUUAAUGCUUUUUGUGUUUAAUAUUAAGUGAGUGCUACUUCGGUUAAUUGACUGACCGACCCAAUAACAAACACGUAAAAAGACGAAAAAUAAAACAAAAAAUUUAAUUCGAAAAUGUCCCCUGGAAUGAAAUGAUACUGAUACGAAUAUUUACCUAAAUUUAAAAUUUGCUAAUCGAAAGUAAGCUAGGUCAAGGAAAAUCCGAUUAAGAAAUACAUGAAUAAUUGUGAAUAUGAUUGUUUAUAUACAUAUAUGUAUACAUCAUAAAUUGGCAUACUUUCCAGUUAAGUUGUAUAUUUCAUUUUUUUUUUUUUUUUUUUGAAUAUCUAUUUGAAUUGGUUGGGAUCUGAUGCACCAAUAUAGCAUAUAAUUUUUUAGCAAAAAUAAACCCAAACAAUGAGUUAAAGUAAAGGCAAAUGUUAAAAUGAAAGUCGUAGGUAAAAUUAUUCAAAAUAUAUAUUCCUAGGUACGCUAAUGCAAAUUAAAACUAAAAAAUAAAUUAUUUUAUUUUUUAAUGUCUAGAGGCAUACUUAAGAAUAUGCAAUAUUAGUUUACUACAGUUGGUAAAUUCUUGAAAAGAAUUUGUAAAUAUUUCUAGUUUACAAUUUAUAGAUUAAACAAGAUUUUUUUAUUUUCUGCAGCUAUUAUUUAUGAAAUGCAAGCAUCAAGUCGUUGCCGCUGCGAGGAUAAUUAAAUUAAGAAUAUAAAUGCUAAUAAUUAAUUACGUUAAAUAACUUACCAGUUAUUAAAUUGAUCUAAUUGUCUGAAAACGUUGACAAAUUGGGACUGGCUAUGUUUGAAAUGAAAUUAAUAUAAGAUCGUAAUCGAAGAGGGGCAGUUAGAAAAAUAACAAAAAACUCAUGAAAUAAUAUAUGGCAUAUUUGCAAAUCAAUAAAUACCUACUGAUGUACGUGGAAAAUAUUUUUUAUAUAUUCGUGGUAUAAGUUUCCCUCGAUAUAUAUAUAUAUUUUUUUUUUUGUUUUUGUUAUAAUCGUGGGGGUUUAAGUACAGCAUUAAUACUUUUGUACAUAUAAAUAUAUUAAACGCAGUGUGUGAAAAGAUCUUA